ACAUCACAAAUUACAUGGAGCAAAGUAUAAACAACAUCAUCCACCUCAACCCCCAACACCUGGAUACCCCCAAAAAUAUAAUACCCUCACAAAACUUUACCAAUUGAAAAACUUCAACAUUCUGAUAGGAAAUGGCACAAGCAAUGGCCUCAAUGGCUAGCUUACGUGGCUCCUCUCAAGCUGCCCUUGAAGGUAGUCUCCAGCUGAGUGGUUCAAGCCGCUUGAAUCUGAGCAGCACCACCAAAGUUGCAAUGGGUCGCCCUGGUUUCAGUGUUAGAGCCCAGCAGCAAGGAUCAAACGAAGCCGAAACAAGCCGCCGGGCUAUGAUUGGAUUGAUUGCUGGUGGUUUAGCUUCCGGCUCCUUUGUUCGAGCUGUACUUGCUGAUGCUAUUCCCAUCAAGGUUGGCCCUCCUCCUCCACCUUCCGGCGGAUUGCCUGGAACUCUAAACUCUGACGAGCCAAGAGACCUUUUGCUGCCAUUGAAGGACAGGUUUUUCCUGCAACCACUUCCUCCACGUGAAGCUGCACAGAGGGCAAAGGAAUCAGCCAAGGACAUUCUUAAUGUGAAGGGACUGAUAGAUAAGAAGGCAUGGCCUUAUGUCCAGAAUGAUCUCCGUCUAAAGGCUGAGUAUCUACGCUAUGACCUCAACACUGUGAUUUCUGCUAAGCCUAAAGAAGAGAAGAAACCCCUGAAGGAUCUUACUGGAAAGCUCUUCCAAACCAUUAGCAAUCUGGACCAUGCAGCAAAGAUUAAGAGCACCCCAGAAGCAGAGAAGUAUUAUGCGGAGACUGUAUCUACUCUUAAUGAUGUACUUGCCAAGCUGGGUUAAGAGAAAUAAUUGUAAUUUCAUGUAAGAUCCUUUUAUAUAUCGUUUUGUGAUACAAUUUCUGUGAAUUCUAUUGGAAGGGGAUCUAGUUUAAAAAAUUUCACUUUCCCAUUUUCUAUUGCAAUUUGCAAAGAAGAAGGGAAAGCCAAUAAAUACUAUGUACUCACA